UUUUGUCCAAGAUGGCAGCCAGCGCCAGUUCCGCCGGAGGCGCCUCCUGAGCCUCUUGGGCCGGAGCCAUGAAGCGGGGCGGGGAGACGGCCGUGUCCGGGGGCGCUCGCGGGGGCGCCCCCUCCUCCUCCUCGUCCUCCGCCAAGAGGCCUCGGGAGCGGGAGAGGGACGGCGGCGGCAGCGGCGGCGGCGGAGGAGGGAGCAGCAGCAGCAGCAGCCGGCGGGGCCCACACCGGAGCUCAGGGGGCGCCUCCUCCUCCUCCUCCUCCUCCCGCAGCAGCAGAGACAAGCCCUCCUCCUCCUCCUCCGCGGGGGGCUCCAGCUCCAGCUCCCGCAGCCACAGAGGGGAGGAGAGGCCUGGAGGCAGUGGAGGGGACUCCAACCACCGAGGAGCGGCCUCCUCUUCCUCCUCCGCUUCCUCUGCAGCCAGGAGCAGCAGCCAGGCAGCCCUCUCCGCCGCCGCCACCUCUGCAGCCCCUCCGCCUCCUCCUCCGCUGCCACCGCCGCCUCCUCCGCCUCCGCUCCCUUCAUCCUCCUCCUCCUCUUCUCGGGUGCUAGGGGCCGGGAAGGCCAAGGUCCCCUCGGUGGUGGCCCCCUCGCUGCUCCUGGGCGGCCCUCCUCCAGUGGUGGCCCCUUCCCUGCUCCUGGCCCCGGGGCUGGGCCUCUCCGCAGUGGCGGCUGCGGCGGCUGCAGCGGCAGGCCUGGCGGGCCUCUCAGGGGAUCCCCCGGGCUCCAGUGAGUACAAGACCCUUUUGGUGAGCGGCCUGGGCCCGGCCCUCCCCGACCAGCUCCUGGAGGACGGCCUCUUCCGCCAGUUCCAGCGCUUCGCCAGCGGAGGGGCCAGCGACAUCAGCGUCAAGCUCUCCCACACGCCGGAACUGGGCCGGGUGGCCUAUGUCAACUUCCGGCACCCGGCGGACGCAAGGGAUGCCCGGCGCCACGCCAGGGCCAGGCAGCUGCUGCUCUUUGACCGGCCGCUCAAGGUGGAGCCGGUGUACCUGCGAGGAGGGAGGAGGAGCCGCACGCCCCCGCCGGCCCCGGCCCCCGAGCCCCUGGCCUUCCUGCCCCCCCUCCAUAGCGUCUACCCCUACAAGCAGAGGUCGCUCUCUCCCGUCACCACGCCUCUGCUGAGGGAGCCCAGGCCGCGGCACGCUCAGGCGGCAGCGGCAGCCUUUGCCUUGGAGGCGGUUGCCUUGGGGCUCUCGCGGGAGAGGAUGCUGGACUACUACGGCUUGUACGACGAGCGCGGCCGGCCCUACGGCUACCCCUUAGUGGCCGAGGAGGACCUCAUGCCGGAGGAUGACCAGAGAGCCACCAGGAACCUCUUCAUCGGCAACCUAGACCACAACGUGUCGGAGGUGGAGCUGAGGCGGGCCUUUGAGAAGUAUGGCAUCAUCGAGGAAGUGGUGAUCAAGCGCCCGGCACGGGGCCAAGGCGGGGCCUACGCCUUCCUCAAGUUCCAGAACCUGGACAUGGCACAUCGGGCCAAGGUCGCCAUGUCCGGCCGGGUUGUUGGCAGGAACCCCAUCAAGAUUGGCUAUGGGAAAGCCAACCCCACUACCCGACUCUGGGUGGGUGGCCUGGGCCCCAGUACUUCUUUGGCAGCCCUUGCUAGGGAAUUUGAUCGCUUUGGUAGCAUCAGGACUAUUGACUAUGUGAAGGGGGACAGCUUUGCCUACAUCCAGUAUGAAAGUUUGGACGCUGCCCAGGCUGCAUGUGCGCAGAUGAGGGGCUUCCCGUUGGGCGGGCCAGACAGGAGACUGCGAGUGGAUUUUGCCAAAGCUGAGGAGGCCCGCUACCCUCAGCAGUACCAACCUGCCCCGCUGCCUGUUCACUAUGAAUUGCUACCUGAAAGCUACAGCAGACACAGGAGCCUAGAGCAAGACCUAAGGGUGAGAGACAGGACUCCUCCUCAUCUUCUCUACUCAGACAGAGAAAGGGGCUUUCUAGAGGCUGAUUGGGCUAGUCCUGUCAAAAAUGCAGAGCGCAGAAAUAAUUUGGAGACCUAUAGUCGGUCAGCACGCAGCCGGAGUGGAGAACGUUGGGGCAGCGACAGCGACCGCAGCGUGCUUAAGCCUUGGGAAGAGAGGCGCAAACGCCGCAGCCUUUCCAGUGACCGUGGGAGAGCCACCCACUCGCCGUACGAGGACAGAAGCAGGGCGAAGGCUAGUGGGGCAGCUGCCGACCGCAGCCCAGAUCGGGUCCGGAAGGAAAACCACACCACCGAGUCCACCACAGAGAAAGAACAGAAUAACUCCCUCCAGAACAAUCGGCAUGCAUCAGAGGAGAAACCUCAUCGUGAAACAACCGAUCCUCCUCAGCCUAAAAAAAGGGACAGUGAACGCAAUCAUCGAACUGGUGAGUCUGAAUCAAAGACCCAUGAAGAGUCCAAAUCUGAAACAAAAAAACUAAAAAGCUUGUCAGAUUAUGCCCACACGCUACAGCUCGCCUGGAACGGGCAACUUGUCCUGAAGAACAGCUGCUUCCCUACAUCUAUGCACAUCCUUGAAGGGGACUUGGGGGUCAUCAAUGGGCUUCUGAAAGACCACUUGUCUGGUGGAAAGCUAACGCAGCUCAAGAUUGCUCAGAGACUCCGGCUUGACCAGCCCAAACUGGACGAAGUAACUCGACGGAUCAAGCAAGGAAGCCCCAAUGGCUAUGCUGUGCUGCUGGCUACCCAGGCUACUCAAGGAGCAGGCGCUGAAGGGACCUUCCCUGCUGUGGAGCCUGGCUUGCAAAGGCGGCUUCUCAGGAAUCUGGUCUCUUACUUGAAACAAAAACAGGCUGCUGGGGUGAUCAGCCUUCCUGUGGGAGGGGCAAAGGGUAGAGACAACACAGGCAUGCUUUAUGCUUUCCCUCCUUGCGAAUUUUCCCAGCAGUACCUCCAGUCCGCACUAAGAACAUUGGGAAAGUUAGAAGAAGAACAUAUGGUGAUAGUGAUAGUCAAAGAUACUGCCUAGUAUUUACUCCUCUCUUCUUCCUUUCUCUGAUUCCAUGUUGCUUUGUCUCACACAGCCUGGUUCCUUUUAAGGCCAAUUAUUUUGAGUGAGGUCCCCAAAAGUCCUCCAACAGAAUUCUACAAUUUUAUUAGCUUCUAAUUAAUUUUAAUACCAUUUUAAUGAGUCCCAUUUUAUUUGUUUUUAAUACGUGACACUGUCUGCUGUGUUCUUAUUUUUUAAAAAUGUAUGGAAAGUUGUCAGUAAAGCCUUGUUCACUGAUGGAUUUUUAACUUUGUGCAGUGUCCUGGUUUCUGUAGUCUGCCAGGCUGGCUCUGUGCUCCAGUAGAUGCAGCUAGUAACUACAUCUCCUUCAGUUUCUAACAGCAGUUCUUUCUAUUGCUGUUCAACAAUAUGCCAGUUUUUGUGCUUUUUGAUUUUCUCUGAAAGUUGAAGCCUGGUUGCUUCGUUCAUCAAUAGUUAAUACCAGAUUUAAAAAAAUAAUAAUGAUAAGGUAAUAAAGCCUUGAUUAGACCAGCCUUUUUGUGGUGGGUGAGAACUUUUAAGGUGGUCUUAACCAAAGAACAGCCCUGUGGAGCUUAAAUGUUUAGUCCAGCCCCCAGCACCUCUGCAUUAAGACACAAGGCACCUUGAAUUUUUCCCCUCCUCCUCUUUUCUGUGUUGACUGUUGGAUGGAUUAUAAUAUUGCAAAUUCAAAGCUGUUCCUUGGAUUUCCUGUUAAUAACUGCAGGGUUCUCAGGAAGACAAAUAACCAGGCACUUGAGUGGGACCUGAUAACAAAAUCUAAAUGAUUAUGUUGUUGAGUUCCUUCAUCACAAAAAUAAAAACAUGACAAGGUUA